AUGAGCGCCGAGAUUCAAAACGAAUUAAUAAAAAUUUGUGGUCGGAUGAUAACAGAAAAAGUUAUUCGUAGUGUUAUUGAUGAAAAAAAGUUCUAUUCAAUCAUAGUCGAUGCAACAUCAGAUAUAAGUGGAACAGAACAGUUAUCUUUAUCAAUUCGUCACUUAUCUCGUGAUAACAAUCAAAUUCAAAUUAAAGAAGAAUUCAUUGGCUUUACACCACUUAGUGACAGUUCAGCAAAAAGAAUUUUUGAGAAGAUUAUUGAAUAUUUACGUUCAACAGGCCUUGAUCUAACAUAUCUGCGAGGAUAUGAUGGCUGUAGUGUAAUGUCUGGUCAUAUCGGUGGAGUUCAAAAAUUAAUUUCUGAUACAGCACCUAGAGCACUUUAUGUACAUUGUGCUAGUCACUCACUCGAUCUGGCGAUUUGUGAUGCAUGUGAUGACAAACUUAUACAAUUAUUUUUUGGAACAAUAAAAACAAUAAUAAAAUUUAUCAGUGGUUCGCCGAAAAGGCAAAACUUAUUAAAAAGAGCUAUACAAGCUACUACUUGUAACAUUAAACGGCAAAAACUCGCUAAACUGGUCGACCGUCGUUGCGUAGAAACAGCUACUUCUGUUUUGUCUUUCAAACAACUUUUUACUAGUGUGAUGACUUUAUUGGAAUACUUGAUGGAAAAUGCUGAUGCCGAAACAGGUGCAAAUGCUCGUGCAUAUUUCAAAUGUAUUAAAGAUUUAGACUUUAUCAUUUGCCUCUUCGUCGUAUCACGUAUUUUUGCUAUUUUAAAGCCGUACACUGAAGUACUUCAAAGCAAAAACUGUGAUUUGGCGCAAUGCUAUGACAAUAUUGAAGAAGUAGCAAUAUACCUUGCCGAAUUAAAAUAUGAUGUAACAAAAUUUCAUGAACUUGAAACUGAACUGGAACAUUUUGCAGGUGAAAAUGAUAUCACGCUUACUCUUCCAAGAACGAACAAAUAUGAAAAUGUUAGUGCUUAUGUAAAGACUAUCUAUGAAACAUUUAUUGAAACGACAUUAACAGAACUUGGAAAUCGAUUCAGUAAACAUAAAAAAAUUUUAGCUAAUGUAUUAAAUUUAUUGCCUUCGUAUGUUGUCGAAAAGCAAUUCAAUGAUGUGAAACAAGCAUUUGAUUUCUACAAAGAUGAUUUACCAUCGAAUGAUAUGAACGUGUUAGCAGCUGAAUUUGAAAUGUGGCAGCAUAAAUGGAAAAAAACUUCGAUUUCUGAGAGGCCAUCUAAUGUACUUGAUUCAUUAAAUGCUUUAUUAUCCAUUCGAUCAUUCUAUCCUAAUUUAUAUUGUUUGUUUGAAUUAUACGCCAUAUUACCAGUAACAGUAUCUACCGCUGAACGAUCAUUUUCAACAAUGAAACGUAUUAAAACUACUUUGAGAAACAGUAUUGGUGAUGAAAGAUUAAGUAAUCUUGCUAUAAUUCACAUUCAUCAUGAUAUCGCAUCAAAUUUGAAUGUGGAAGAUGUUAUCAAUAUUUUUUGCAAAGAUAAACGUCGCAUCAAAUUUACAAACAAAUGA